AUGGUGGAUCUCUCGGGGAAGAGGGCUCCAAGGAGGGAGGACAGUAAAGGCAAAAACAUCAGCGAGAAAUGUUUGGCUUGUCCCAGAAAUAGCAAAGAAACCACUGUGGCUUCUCUCAGUGGAAAAGGGGGAUACUGUUUCACUUUCCUCAUCUGUGAAAUAGGGAUACCUUAUGAUCGAAUCCCCACAACAACCCCUGGAGGUAGGUACGAUAUAAGUGACUUGCUCCAGGUCAUACAGCUAGUUAGUGUCAGAACACAGACUGAGAUUCAGAAGCCCGGCUCCGAAAAACCCCCGUCAGCCGGGCUUCAGUGCCCGGCUUCGCAGCACCGGCCACGAGGGGGCAGUGGCAGCCGCAAAGCCGAGGCGGGCGGUGGGCUCGGCGGCUCGGCCAUCGCUUGCUCUCGCCUGGCACGCGGCUCUCGGCUGUGGAUUAGCGCAGCUGGAGACGUGGGAGGCCGCCGGCCCCGCCCCCGACUGGCGGCGGCGGCGGCCCAGCGCGGCAGUCGGCGCUGCGAAGCGGAGGUGCUGCGAGCGGAGCCGCGCGGAGGGCGCGACUGGCGGGUUCGGGCAGCGCGGGUGCGCCGCCUCCCGAGCCCCGGUCCGCGCGCCAGGGCUCGAGCAGCACCGCGGGCCCCUUAG